CAGGAAGUUCGGCCCCGGAAAGGGUGGGCUCUGCGAAGAUGGCGGCCCCGGAAGUGCUGGAGUCAGACGUCUCGAGUUCGGUGACACUUUUGAAAAACCUCCAGGAGCAGGUAAUGGCUGUAACAGCGCAGGUACAAGCCCUGACAAAAAAAGUCCAAACUGGAGCAUAUUCUACAGAGAAGGGUCUGAGCUUCUUGGAAGUGAAAGACCAGCUGCUGCUCAUGUACCUAAUGGACCUGAGCCACCUCAUCCUGGACAAAGCCUCGGGAGGAUCUCUGCAGGGACAUCCCACAGUUUUGAGGCUGGUGGAAAUCCGCACGGUUUUAGAAAAACUUCGCCCCUUGGACCAAAAACUGAAGUAUCAGAUUGACAAACUGGUCAAGACUGCGGUGACAGGCAGCCUCAGUGAAAGUGACCCACUUCGAUUUAAGCCCCAUCCCAGCAAUAUGAUAAGCAAGUUGGGCUCUGAGGAUGAAGAGGACGAUGGCGCAGAAGAGGAGUCCGAGGCUUCGGGGAAGAAGUCUGUGAAGGGCUCCUCCAAGAAAUAUGUCCCACCGCGCCUGGUCCCAGUGCAUUAUGAUGAAACCGAAGCAGAGCGUGAGCAAAAGCGCCUGGACCGGGCGAAGCGGCGAGCGCUGAGCAGCUCUGUGAUCCGCAAGCUGAAGGAGCAGUACUCAGACGCCCCAGAGGAAAUCCGAGACUCCCGGCAUCCCCAUGCCACUCGCCAGAGUCAGGAGGAUCAGCACAGGAUUAACUAUGAAGAGAGCAUGAUGGUGCGUUUAAGUGUGAGCAAGCGCGAGAAAGGACGGCGAAAGCGAGCGAGUGUUAUGAGCACGCAGCUUCACUCCCUCACACACUUCAGCGACAUCAGUGCUUUGACAGAGGGGGCUCCCCAUCUUGACGAGAGCCAGGGUCCUGCUAAAAAGCGCAAGAAGAUGCCGAAGAAAGGCCGGAAGAAGAAAGGUUUCCGGAGGCGCCGGUGACGCGCUUCUGCACUCUGUCAUCCGGGUGCUCCGCCAUAUGCAAAUGGCCUUGGAAGUGUGGGAAGAUCUUUACUAAAUAAAAUGGCGUUUACUUAUAAA